AUGUAUGUGCAUUUUUCUGGGAAGAUUCUCAAAGGAGAAUGGGUCCUGGGGCAGCAGCGCCCUCGGAGACGACGCUGUGGACGACACGUGGGCCUGCGGCGCCCUGGGGUAAGAGGGGAGCCCCCUGCAGCCCUAGUUCUGUCCGCCCCUGCAGCCGCCGCUCGGGGCCACCUGCCUCCCGUCCCCGCCUCCCUCCGGACGCCCACCUCCCCGCCCCGCCGGAUCCUCAGUACUGAGGCCUCCGCGUCCCUGGGCUCUGCGCGGCAUGCACGCACCUGCGUGUCCCAGGCAGCGAGCGCCCCCUGCUCAAACUUAUCUCACUGGAAUUUGUAUUCAGAAGUACCUGUUCCUGCAAAUAAAAACCUCCCACCUGGAAAGGAUAGUACAGCAGGUGGCAAAAUUAACAAGAACCAUUUGGAAAUUCCAGUAGUGCAACUGAUGCUAGCACUUAAUUUGUCAGAGCACACUCAUGAAAGAACACAGAAUAGUAAACAAGGAAUAUUUCAGUUAUGGAGUUACCCUCUUAAUGAAGGAAGUACCAUUGAGAACAGGGAUUUCAAAAAAUCUUCAAUGGAGAUUGGUCCUAAUGUAACUAAUGACACCAUAAGACUCUUCACUGUGAACCACUCACUAACAAGUGUUUCAGUUGAUAAGCAAGUUGGUUCUUACCCUGGACUUCGGAUACCAUUAGAUCCCUGCUGGCUCUAUGCCGAUGGAGACUUUUUAAAGGACAGAAGUGAAACUCAUAUUAUUUUAUGCUCAACUAUAGAAAACAACGAUGGUGAAACUCUAUCUGCUCCAAAUUGGAACUUGAAAUAUGGAAACAUCAGUGUGGAAGAAAACUUAAGUGAUGAAAGUGAUAUACCAGAAAACGAGAAAGCAAAUGAUAGUUAGCUCAGUUAUUUUAGAAAGAUGGACCUGAACUUAAAGCCAAUAGAAACUGUUGAAGAAGUUUUCACUGAGGAACCAAGUGAAGUAUUUCCAUAUGCUGAUUUUCCUCCUCCUCCUUUCAGUGCUCUGAACUUGCACAAACUCGCCCUCUCAAAAUCUGAAAAUUGGAAAGCAACAAUGGGACCUGCAGAAGGCUGUACUGAACAUGUGAUAACUCGUUUACUGGAAAUGCAAAGAUUACAGCAUUCGACUGUGCAGAGAGAGAGGCCAAGACUGCAAACUACCUUCUGCACUCCAGCAGUUACUGAGCGACCCUCUUCCGCCAAAGCGGUGCCCAAAAUUAGACAGCCAAAACUUUCCGACUGUUUGAGUCUUCAGAUGACUUGGGUAGAUAGUCAUGAAAAAAGAAAAAACAGUUCUGGUUCUUGUAAGCUGGCACAAAAUGCUUCAAAAUGAAAUUGGAGCAAUGGUGGCAAAUAUAAAUGGAAUUCUAGACCACCAUCUCUUAAAAGUUCAUCCACAACAAAAUAAUUAAUUGCAACCUAUGACAAAGUUAAGAAUCCCCAAAUCUGCAUUUUGAAUCCAUGCCAAGAACUCUCGACCAGGCCUCCUACUGCCCAAACUCAGUCACUGGCUAAAGUGGUCUCAACAAGAUGUCUGCCACCAAGGUCUCCAAUACCAGUUUCAGCUAUUCCUCUGUCUUUUCCUGAAAAUCAGAGGGAAGAAAUUAAGGCACCAAGGGCCAAAAAGAAACCUUUCUGAAAAAACAUAGCAUUCAACAGACCAUUCUAUAUUCAGAAGUUAAACUUGUCACGUUCAUUUAUAGCUAAGGAUAAGUGCUUACCCAUUGACCAAAAAUAACCCUUCUUUCAUACCUCCGUGUGAGCAAAUCUGUUCCAAGAAACCCGGCUGAAUCAUGGUUCAUCAUUCCAAGAGACAGACAGUGCACACACACACCCAUGUGUGCGCACACACACACAGCAGUUAUUUGCUGUGCUAUAGAGUAAAACUUGUGAAAAUUCACUGUUGAGGUACCUAUAUAUAAAUUCAAGGACUUCCAUACUGACAUGGUUGACAAUCUUUUGCAUGUUUCAAAGAAAUGUCUCACCUAUUAAACUGUUUGAUUCAAAAGAUUGUUCUUUGUUCUUUUGUUGUAUUUUUCAGUAUAACUUCAUCAUCAAUAAAUGGCAUAAUCAACUUA